AGCUCCAGCAUUGCAACAACUUGUAAAGACAUUGAUAAAUGUACAUCGUCACCGUGCGAUCAAUCAGCAUUAUGUCGCAAUGCGAUUGGGAGCUAUGAGUGUUACUGUGGUACAGGUUUUACCCCCAUUUCUGGGAGCUCCGGCAUUGCAACAACUUGUAAAGUGCAACCUCUCAAUUGUCCCAACCCAGAAAAGGCGACCAAUUCCGCCUUCGUACAGUGUGGUGGAAAGCAUUCACAAACCCUCGAGCAGAAGGUACUUGCUCACACAUCCCAUACCAACAAGAUAUCCCAACACUAAUGCCGUGAACUCCAGAGGGAUAGAUCCAGAUAUCACUAUCUGGUAUAAUCCCAGCAUCAACACCAGCAACACAAGCAAUGUCACAUCCCUUAUUUCCAGAUGGUACGAAGUUGAUUCUCGAGGCUUUUGCUGUUAGAAAUGUUCUUUUGGUGGAUUUUCUAGAUUGAAUUGUCCAGUGGUGGUUAUCAAUGGUAAGGGGUGCUUUUUAACUAUUGUCUCAUUCCACUGCCUAGCCAAACUCUGUGGGUAAUGAGUCUUGCUUUGUGAUGGAAUCAGCUCGCCGAUUACUUGAAAAAGUCUGUCAGAAUUUCAGCGUCACAGACACUAUCCAGGUAAGGAAUCGUAGGCCCAGUGUUUUUAUUUGCUCCAAAGGUAACAUGGUUCUGAUGCAUAGUGUUUAACUCUACAAAGUCAGUCAGUGAAGAAUGAGACGAGAGGCAAUCUUAACAUGAACCAACCUUUAUUUACACAGAACAAGCAAACAAUGCAUUUCACUGCAAUGCAUUUGGUUCAUCUCUUUAAAACACACCUUAAAACCCAUCUCCAAGCUUAAGUCAGUAUAUGAUCAGUGUGACCUGGUGUCAUACUUUUAUAAUCCUCCUGUUGUGAUGGUUGACAUGCUUUUGGGAAAUUAUGCAUAUUAUGUUCAACUGAUGGCCCCUCAAUGAAUUGCCCCUUCGAAAGGGAGAUUGGAUCUUCCGAACUGAAUGUGGGUUUGAUAUCCAAAGGGAUGUUCUUAUCUAAUAAAUGUGUAGUCUCCCAUCAUUGAGUAGGUUGUACAAGCCCACAAGAUCUCUCUGCAAUAAUGAUUAACCAACGUGUGAAGCUGGUGCGAAGAUGAUCACUGUAAAGACCAUCACAAACUUUACAAAUAGUGUCUUCAGUAGGAAUUCACAGCUACAGAACAUGACGACCGGUCAACGGUUAAAUGUAGCAGCGACCAUCUUGGAUCUCUUGGAGAAUACGGCAAUGGCUGAUGCUUUGACUUUGCCCAGUGGAGGAACAAAGUCAAUCUCAGAAGACUCUUUUGCUGGCAAGAUCCAGGUGUUUGGUAAUCAAAGUAUGCCAGGCGACUUGGCAAGAAUCAAGAUCCGGAAUAACAUCAUGGAGAUAAACUGGAGAACGGUCAUGGGAGCAAAAAACUCUGGAUACCAAAGAUCACAAGAAAGCUGAAUGCGUUUAUUUGAAGAUAACAGAAGAGGGAAGUUUCUGGUCCUCUGAGGGCUGCUUCCCCAUUAGUUCCAAUGGAAGCUACGUAAUAUGCCAAUGUAACCAUCUGACGAGCUUUGCUAUUUUAAUGUCUCCAAUUGAGAUCAAGGAAGACUGGUCCUUGCUGCUGAUCUCCACUGUUGGGCUCACAGUAUCCCUGCUAUGCCUUGCCGUAUCCAUCAUUAUAUUCACCAAGUGCUGCUCCAUCCAAAAGGCCAGCAUCAUCGUGUACAAGCAUCUGAGGAUCAACCUCUUCCUGGCGCAGCUCAUCUUCCUGACAGGAAUUCAUGUGACCAGCAAGGUGGUGUGUGCCCUGGUUGCAGGAUGCCUACAUUACUUCUUUCUAGCUGUCUUUGCCUGGAUGUUCCUGGAUGCUUUGCAGGUUUUUAUUGUGUGCAGACACCUCACAGUCACAAAGUUUGCCCAUUCAUAUAUCAUCAGAUGGGGAUACCUGUAUCCCUCUGGCUAUGCUGUCUCUGCACUGAUUGUAAUUAUAUCGGCAGCAAUCCGUCCCUAUGGCUACGGAUCAGAAAAAAACUGCUGGCUGAGCCUAGAGUGGGGCUUUCGAUGGAGUUUCCAAGGGCCAGUCUGCCUUGUGAUUGUGGUGAAUAUGGUGUUGUAUGUCUGGACACUCUGCUUACUGAGGCAUCAUUUGACCAAACGUGAUGUGAAUCUCUCAAAGAUUAAAGACACCACGACCUUGACUCUUAAGGCAGCUGCACAGUUAUUUGUACUGGAAUGCACUUGGAUCUUUGGGAUAUUUCAUUUCAAUGAAAGCACCAUUUUCCUCUCCUACCUAUUCACUGUCAUCAACACUCUCCAGGGCCUGUUUAUUUUCAUGGUCUAUGUAUUUCCAGUCACCAGAUACUGUUGGAUCUGCUGAGAUUUCUUUGAUCAUCAGCACGAUUUAUAAUCCUUUACUUUAUUAACCUUCCCCAAGUGUAUUACCUCACAUUUUUCUGGAUUAAAUUCCUUUUGCCACUGCUUUGUCCAGAUAUCCAGUUCAUUGAUAUCGUCAUACAGUUUAC